UCGAAUACUCCGCAGGGCGGGAGGCUUGGCGUCUCAGGCGGCCAUGGCUUUACCUGGAGCGGCGGCGGCGGCCGGGCGCGGGUCUAGGCUGAGACUGACACGGAAAAAGCCGCCCGCGCCCCCCUCCUCCUCUUCCUCCGGGCUUGGUGGCGGGGGGCAGAAGGGCAGAGCUUCAAACAGCUGCUCUUGGCUGGACCAAGAAGGGUUAAAUGAGUCCGAUGAAUUGUGGAGACUGCUGGUGUGGAGAAGUGUGAGCUCCAGUCUGAAUCGGGCCAGCCAGGAAAUGCCAGAUUUACCAGCAUUCUUUGACAAGAGCACCAGGAACGAUGAGAACUCACAGCAGCCUGUCGUCUUUAAAGUGGGGACAGAGGAGUUCCGGUGGAUACCUUUCCCACCUGCCUUCCCAUUUGUUGGUGGUCAGUUUAAAGAUCUAGACUCUUCUCCCAUCACUGAGGAGACGCCUCCUCCUCGGGCACCCCAGGAGCAGGAGCAAGGAGUGGGCCCACAGAGCAGCGGGCCUUCCUCCUGGGCAGCGGGGAGCUGUGAGAGCCAGGACCCGCGGCCUGGCAGCGGAGCCGGCGUGAAGAGGCCCUCGGAGCGGAGAGAUGGCAGCACCAAGGCUGUGAAAAGCCAGCUUCCACAACCUGCACAGCUCUCCCAGCUCAGGAAGAAACAGAGACUCAGGGAAGAGGGGGGCGCCUCCUCCCCAGCUGCUCCACAGACUCUGGCUCCCACGGGCGUGACCCCUGCAGGGCGCUCCUCUCUGAGAGCGCCCGACCACAACCUCGGCCCAGGAGCGAGAGAGGAAAAAGAUACUGCCUCGGCCACUGCCGGCCAGGGGAUGGUGGCACUUGACGGCUGUCCAAUGUGCCAGGUCCCGUUCACUGGAACGCUCUCACAGCUGGAUAUCGAUAGUCAUCUCGCUAAAUGCUUGUCGGAGAGCAUUGAAGAUGUGCUAUGGUAAACAUGGGAGGAAGAGCCCACCAGAAAUGAAUUUAUGAAGUAGGAGUGACUGUAAAACAUGACCUCACCUACAGCUGAAUCUGAGAUGAGAAGAGAUGGCCCAGGCAGCCCCUUCCCAAGGCCUGCAUCUCCCAGGGAUCCUGGCUGAGAGGACUUUCCGACUCUGCCUUUUUAAAGUAGACAAUAAAAAUUGUCUUUUGAAUAUGGAAUGGCCAUCUUAAUUUCCAUCCUGCUGCACACCUCUUUAAACGAGGUGCUGUGCAGAGUUUUCUUUCCUAACAGAUUUAUAGGUAAAGCAAGAGUCUGCCCUAGUCAUAGUAACAGCCACUGAAGGAUGUGGUCUGGUAUUCAGGUCCAGACAAGUAAAUGACCUGCAGCAGGGUGUGGCUGUGGGGGCUCUGGUUGUACUCAGAAAAUUCAGGCUUCCACACUCCCCAACUGUGGAUAGGACUGGCCACGUCCCAUGGACUCCUGAGCUCACUUCAUAAGGGGCUUGGGCAGGGCUGGGCUGUCCCAAAGAACCUUCGAAACUUGAGGAAUCUUCCAUCGAACUGGGAUUUUGUAAGCAAAUCUCGGCUCUUUUUAGGAGGCAGAGCUCGCCCGGAAUGUGAUGACCACUUGCAAUUAUAGUCUCCUUCUUCAACUAGGAUUUAUUUUUCCUAGGGACGCAAGGUUUGUCUUGAUGUCCCAGGGGAUACCACAGAUAAUAAAAACCUUUAACACUUUUUUAUGAAACCUGCAUAGGGCUUGAUUGCCUGCCCAGAGUGAAAUGCAGACAGGUCCUUUGGGAAGAAGGGAGAAUUUAAGGACAUAGGUGGGAACACCCAAAGAACUGGUAAAAUCAUUUGCCAGUGUUGAUUUAUAUAU